GGGGUAGGAAAAUGGAUUCUCAGAAUGCUCUUCAAGUGGAUGAAUCACAAAGACAACAGGUAACAGUAUCCAGGAAUUAUUUAUGACAACAUGCCUUUUACGUCCGUGUAUGUUCCACAAGUGUUCGAUGCUGUUUAUGCUUAUUACUUGGCUUUUGACAGAUUGGCGAGACAAGGCAAAAUAUCCUCGAGUGACUCUGCGUCAACGUUACGAAAGGUGGUCUUUGAUGAGCUGAAGAAAUUCAACAAUAAAAACGCUAGAUUUGUCGGUGCCCAAGGUCCCACAUAUUUUGAAUCUCCAGGUUACGACGUUGGAAAUCUUCAGGGAAAGCUUUGGAAGAAGGUGGGAAAAUGGAACAAAACUAUUGGAGUCGAAAGAAUGGAUGUCAUCAUUUGGCCAGGCAAUACAAAAAUUCCACCAACUGACAAAGGAUUACCCGGUAAGACAACUUUCAGAAUCGGUUUCAUCGCUCCGAUCCACCCAGACUUGGCAGGACUUUCCGAACUCGGUAAAGAAUUUGAAUCGGCUUUUCGCGUUGCCGUGGAGAUGAUGAACAAGGAUCCAACGUUGGCAGUGGAUUUCGAUAUCAAAAUUCAAGAUGGCGGUGUAGAUGCUAACUCCUCUUGCAGAGCGGCGGCUGAACAGCUUGCUAAAGACGACGUCGUUGCUGUUAUUGGUGCCUAUCGUUCCUCUUGCUCUCAAGCCGCUGCUAAUGUUUUAGGAACUUCAAGUAACAGAAUACCUCAAAUUUCCUACGGCUCCACUUCUUCCGUCUUCUCAGACAAGGCAAAUUAUAAGUAUUUCUUCAGGACAUGUCCAUCUGACGUGCAUCAAGCUGCCGUUCUCUCAGCUUUAUUCCGGAAGUACAUGUUCCCGGAAGUCGGCACUGUUGCUACAAACGAUAUUUACGGAAAAGAUCUUGCGGAUAUGUUUGAGAAAGAAGUCGCAAGCAUGGCUGAUGUCCCGGUCAGUGUGGUCAGCAGUCAACGAUUCGAUGUAAAUGCACGUGCGGCCACCGUCCGACCAAAAAUACAGAAGCUGAAGUCGUCCGGUUCAAAAGUCCACCUCAUCAGUAUGGUACGUCAAGAUGCCGAGACGGUCUUCCAACAGAUCAAAGAGCUAGGCAUGACGGGAAAAGGCUGGGUAUGGAUUGGUACUGAUGGCGCAACCUCUUCCACGUUUCACCAUCAGAAAGACCUGGAACGAACCAUGGAAGGUAUGAUAGGAACACAGCCAAAAAACGGAGAGGGAAGUAUUUAUUUGAACUUUCUGGCAGCUUGGCUUAAGAAGGACUCUACAAUCUACCCUGGGAUUGUCCGUAGCAAGCCGACUCCCAUGUCAGCGGCGUUCACUGCGCAGCUGUUUGACGCAGUACAUGGUGUAGCGCUGGCUCUGUCAGACCUCGUCAAUAAGAAAGUCAUCAGUAGCACAUCAGACGUGCAGACUGUGAGAGACGUACUAUACCAGAAGUUAAGGACAUUUGAUGACUUCAGUUCAGGAUAUCCGAGUGCGACUGGUACGAACAACGUGAUGUUCUUCGAUCGGAAUCAAGAUCCUCCUCCUUUGUACGAUGUCGUUAAUCUUGUGGGUAACAAUUGGAUCACGGUCGGUCAGUUCGACUCCAAAACAAAGAAAAUUAAUUUAAGAAGAGACAUUGUGUUCCCUGGUGGCAUGACAAGGAUUCCGGGCAAAGAUCGACCAACUUACAAGAUCGCCGCUUUCUUCCCCACUCAUGAAGAUCUUGGGCCGCUAAGGGACCUGGGGCUAGAGUGGCAGGCAGCCUUUAGAGUCGCUGUGGAGCUUGUAAAUACGGGCCCUUUCAAAGUGGCCUUCAGUUAUGUUCUUGUUGAUGGAGGAGAAAAUGCGGAAACUUGUCGACGUGCAGCACAGAAUCUUCCGGACGACGCGGAUCUUAUCAUCGGAGAAGCCAGGUCGGCCUGUUCCAUCGCAAUCGCUGAAGCCACGAAACAAAAGAACAUCCCUCAAAUGUCGUACGCUUCCACGUCUGCGCAAUUAUCCGACAAGAAAACUUAUCCACACGUCUUUCGCACAUGCGCGUCUGAUGUGUUUCAAGGGAAAGCUUUGGCCAAGCUUGUUCAAAGAUACAAGUGGACGCAGUUGUCGACCGUAACAACACUUGAUCUGUACAGUGAAGAGCUCGCUCGUAAGUUUGCAGUGGAAGUUCGGAAGAAAGGGGUCGACAUUAUUACUGAGCAGCGGUUUGAAGCACAAACAAAGUCGAGUAUUAAGGAAUAUCUUAAAGGGAUAAAGAAAGCUGGGACAGCAGUAAACCUGGUGAGCGCCACGACUGAUGACGCAGAAAAAGUUUUUCAAGAAGCGAUAGAGCAGGGCAUGACUGGUAAAGGAUGGACGUGGAUUGGAACCGACGGUGCUACCACGUCACCGUUCGUAGAGUCUCCCAACUUACAACUAGCCAUGCAAGGCAUGGUAGGCACCAGGCCUAAACACGGUGAAGGAGCACUAUACCAAAAACUGCUAAAGACCUGGAAAGAAAAAGACGCAUCCUUGUACCCAGGUCCUAUCCAUUCUCCUAGGGUGCUACAGGCUUCUGCAUAUGUCGCUCAGGUCUACGAUUCUGUUCUUGCUUAUGCGCAUGCUUUAACAAGACUUCACGAAGCGGGAACUAUAAAUAAGUACUCCUCCCGGGUGGAUGUGCAAAAGGAGCUCAUCACAGAACUACGCAAAAUGAAGGACGCAAGUACAGGAUUUGACAGCUCAACCGGCAGAAAACAGUUCUUCGAUUCCAAUCAAGAUGCGCCAGCCAUUUAUGAUGUCGUGAAUCUAAAUGGGGAUUCGUGGGUUAAAGUUGGUUCUUACGACCCCUCCCCAGAUCAUGGACUCAGUAUAAAGAAAAAGAUCGUGUGGCCAGGAGGGAGCCUCAAUACCCCAAGUGAUCACCACCCCCCAAGUGUAGAGGAGUCUGCGGUGACUGAACCGCCUAAAGCAACAGGUGUCAGUGAUGAUGGUAUCAUAGCUCUUGGCGUUGUGUUCGUUACUUUUGCCGUCGCCAUGGGAACUUUUGUAGCUUACUUGAUAUACAGAGAGAAAAAGGGAAAACCUUCCUUUGGACCUCAGGUCUUUAGACAAGCUUAUCAAUCCCCGAUAAGCGAAAUAGCCUCAGUUAUGGAUAACGGUAAUAUACAAGUUAUACGAGCAGUCAAAGAGCCUUUAACAUAAGGCCUACAGAAUCCCUCAGAGCCUUAGUGACAAGAGACAAGGGCAGAUUUUUCUUCCAAAAGUAGAAUAUUUAUUGAAACUUUGUUUCACAAAUACCGUGACUUGCUUUAGUUUAGCGGAAUGCGUUCAAAUUCCAAAGCCACAUUGCACAAAGGAUAAUAGAAUGUAUAGGAAUUUUUAAGUAAAACAAAUAAGACAUUGUUGCUUGUAAAUAUUUAAAUGUUGAAACUUAUUUGCUCUUUGUACUCAAAUUUUUUUUCAAUUGCUCGAUAUCGCGACAAAGUGAGUGAAAGGACUCGCUAGCCUAAGAUCCUAUCGAAAUAUCUUUUCAACCUAGAUUAAAUUAAAGAGAUCGUUAAAAGUAAAGUGGUCUCAGAAGACUUUGACAAUCCAGGUGACAAUGUAACUGCAACCCUCGAACUCAAGGAAGACACUUCAGUGUCAAAUGCUUAGAAAUAGUGUACAAUGAAUGUUAAAUCUAAUUGGUCAAGAAAAACUAUGACAGAGUAGCUAGCCAAUGAGGUUUGAGGAAAUCCCACGUAACCUGUUCAAAGCGAAAGAAAGGACGGUUAGGAGAUAUUUUGACCUCUUAGACCCAGUGCGCCGCUAGACCUUUUCUCUCUCAGCCUUGACAAAAAUAUUGACUUACGAAAAUUGUCACUAGUUUUGUUUUAGUCAUCGAAUGACGCUUUACUGGCUGCUUGACAUUAGUUUAGAUUAUCAUACGCGUGCGUUGAGUUAAAUCAUACAAAACCUUUGAGAUUUUCAAGUCGUAGUUUUUCCUUGUUUAGGUAAUUGCUUCCAUGAAGCAAAAAUCUGUUCUCAAUAAAUUUCAGUUUUUGUGCGAUAAUUUUUGUUUGACUGUCGUUAAUCCUUUUCAUUCGCUUGUGCGAUACUGAUGAUUAGUUGUGCUUCUACGUUGUUCGCACUUAGACAGAUUAUUUGUACUCGCUUGAGAUGGAUCAAUCUGUCCUUGGUAUAUUCCACGUUACUAGAUCUCGCCUCUUGGUUAACGUGACGCAUAUGUGUGCUGGUCACACAAGAUGUCACGCGGCGAAGCAGGUUGUACGGGAUUAUAUUCUUUAUGCGUUAUGUGUUUCGUUCAGCUUAAAAUAACUUUUGUAGCAUAUCACAGUGAUAAAAAAAUGAUAAGUGUACCAUCUUUCCAGGCCGCUGCACACGACUGAGGUCAAUCGGUUAUCGCACGGACUUUCCUAUGUAUAUGUUAAAAGCGUUUGUAACGAAGCGUUUUCGAUAAAAAUAAAGAGUUGUAAAAGU